CCAGUUCAUGCAAAUCGACGAUGCGGAACAGGGAGAAGGAGAGCGUAGCGGGCGUACAUAGGUAGAGGGGGCGGACGACUGUUGCCCUUCAUCGUUUUAGCACACUUUUUAUGCUGUUGCGGGCCUCUUUUUAUUACUUUGUCGAAGUGGACUGGGAUAUUCACUGAACCGCUGUGAAAAUGGCGCAGCCAGACAGCAAGAAGAUCUUCUUUGAGAACCUGUCGGGAGCGGGGAAGGCUAUCGCAGUGCUGACAAGCGGAGGGGAUGCUCAAGGGAUGAAUGCUGCUGUACGUGCUGUGGUUCGAAUGGGGUUAUAUGUGGGAGCAAAAGUUUAUUUCAUUCAUGAGGGAUAUCAGGGUAUGGUGGAUGGAGGAGAUAACAUCAAAGAGGCCUCAUGGGAAAGUGUUUCCAGCAUGCUACAAGUGGGUGGGACAGUUAUUGGCAGUGCCCGGUGUAAAGAGUUUCGCACCCACGAGGGACGCCUGAAGGCAGCUCACAACCUGGUUCAGCACGGCAUCACCAACCUGUGUGUGAUCGGUGGAGAUGGCAGUCUGACGGGGGCCAACCUCUUCAGGGAGGAAUGGAGUGGGCUGCUGACGGAGCUGGUGGAGCAAGGCUCAAUUGAAGCUGAUGCCAUUCAGAAGUACUCGGCCCUUCACAUUGUGGGGAUGGUUGGCUCCAUUGAUAACGACUUCUGUGGAACUGACAUGACAAUCGGCACUGACUCUGCUCUGCACAGAAUCAUUGAGGUGGUGGACGCAAUUAUGACUACUGCACAGAGUCACCAGAGAACGUUUGUGUUAGAAGUCAUGGGCAGACACUGUGGCUACCUGGCCUUGGUGAGUGCCCUAGCUUGUGGGGCAGACUGGGUGUUGAUUCCUGAGAUGCCCCCAGAGGACGGCUGGGAGGACAAGAUGUGUCAGAAACUGUCUGCGAACCGAGCAGGGAUGAAAAGGCUGAAUAUCAUAAUUGUAGCCGAAGGGGCGAUUGAUCGUAACAACAAGCCCAUUACCACUGACUAUAUCAAGAAUCUUGUCGUAAAAUGCUUGGGUUUCGACACGCGAGUGACAAUCCUAGGCCAUGUGCAGAGAGGAGGGACCCCUUCUGCUUUUGACCGCAUCCUGGCCAGUCGUAUGGGUGUGGAGGCUGUGCUUGCCCUUCUGGAGACCACAGCCAACACGCCAGCCUGCGUGGUCUCUCUGUGCGGCAACCAAUCAGUGCGCCUGCCUCUGAUGGAGUGUGUACAGAUGACUCAAGAGGUCCAGAAGGCUAUGGACGGGAAACGGUUUGAGGAGGCAGUGAAGCUUCGGGGCAGGAGUUUUGAAAACAACCUGAGGACAUACAAACUGCUGGCUCAUCGUAAACCAGAAUCCGAACUGCCAACUAGCAACUUCAAUGUGGCGGUGUUGAAUGUUGGCGCCCCUGCAGCAGGCAUGAAUGCUGCUGUCCGUUCAGCCGUCAGGGUGGGCAUCUCUGAGGGGCACAAGAUGUUUGCUGUCAGUGAUGGCUUUGAGGGAUUCUCCAAAGGACAGAUUAAGGAGAUUAAAUGGGCUGAUGUGGGAGGAUGGACAGGACAAGGUGGAUCUCUGUUGGGAACCAAAAGAACACUUCCUGCUAAGCAUGUUGAGAAAAUUGCUGAGCAGAUGCGAAAGAACAACAUUAAUGCACUGCUAAUUGUUGGUGGAUUUGAGGCCUUCCUGUCACUGCUGGAAUUGUUAACGGCGCGCGGGAAAUAUGACGAGUUCUGUGUGCCCAUGGUCAUGGUCCCAGCCACUGUCUCCAACAAUGUGCCGGGCUCAGACCUCAGCAUUGGCGCUGACACGGCUCUGAACGCCAUCACUACUACUUGUGACCGCAUCAAGCAGUCAGCCAGUGGGACCAAAAGACGUGUGUUCAUUAUUGAGACUAUGGGAGGCUACUGUGGCUACCUGGCCAGUGUGGGAGGUCUGGCUGCCGGAGCCGAUGCCGCCUAUAUCUACGAGGAGCCAUUUGACAUCAGAGACCUGCAGGCCAAUGUUGAACACUUGACAGAGAAAAUGAAGGGCAGCAUUCAAAGAGGACUUGUACUCAGGAAUGAGAACUGCAAUGAAAACUACACGACAGACUUUAUCUACCAGCUGUACUCUGAAGAAGGAAAAGGAGUGUUCGACUCCAGGAAGAACGUGCUCGGUCACAUGCAGCAGGGAGGAGCACCGUCUCCAUUCGACCGUAACUUUGGGACCAAGAUCUCUGCCAAGGCGAUGCAGUGGGUUACCAAAAAGCUGUUGGAGACCUUCAGACAAGAUGAAGGCCGAGUGUUUGCAAACAGUGAGGACUCCUGCUGUCUGCUGGGAAUGCGGCGCAGGGCUCUGGUCUUCCAGCCCGUUGUGCAACUCAAGGACGACACUGACUUUGUUCACAGGAUCCCUAAGGAGCAGUGGUGGUUGAAGCUGCGUCCUCUGAUGAAGAUCCUGGCCAAGUACAAGACGAGCUACGACGUCUCGGACUCCGGGCAGCUGGAGCACGUUGUACGCAACCGGCCUAAAGAGUCGGACGCCUCAGUAGCCAUGUGAAGGCCGGUACAUACAGUGGCCUGCAAAGUCUGCGUGUAAGACCGAAUGUUUGUGAGGCGCCAGUCCGUGUUGUAAGAGCUCCAGUAACAGCGUUAACAGCCGCCUCUGUUCGGCCACGUACCGUGUUCAUUUCCUGUCUGUGUCAUUUUCCUCAGUGUCACUCCUCGUAUGUUUUGUCUUGACAAACUCAUGAACUGUAAAUUAGCCUCUGCAGUGUUUCUAAUACUUAAACACACACUUACUCUCGCACACACAUGCACAGCUGUCCUGCCCCGCAUCUGUGUGUCCUUGUUGCCCUGGAUGUUUAGUGUCACUGUUGUUUUUAAAUUGCACUUUCACUGUCUGCAGUUGCAUAGGCAGGCUCUGAGCCCAGAGCUGCACGAGGACAGAAUAGAAACGGCAUCUGCUGUAAGAACUAAUGUGUGUAUCUGCCUAGAACCAGUGUGGGGUUCAGCAUAUUUAUGUGAGACUGAUGCAAUACAGUUCUACCGCUGCAAGUCAAGAGAACUGCGUGCCGUGCUUUACACUGAGACUAAUAUUUAUCUUUUUAACAUUGUUUAUUUUGCUUGUAAACAUGGAUAUAUUAUUAUCUGUUGGCACUGCUGUACUGAGUAGCUGUCUGUCAUAUUGCACCAACAAGUUAGAUGUGUAAGAGACUAAUGUUUCCCACAGAAUAAAAAUCAGACUUGAGAAGUGUACUUCAUC